AUGUCGUUCGACCCCUCAAGACCUAUUGACGAUGAGAAGGUCUGGUUUCCCAAGGGAAUGUUCGUCGACAACCGCAGUAACUCUAGGUUUGCAGCUGUUCCCGACGACGAUGAGAGAGCUUUCGUCUUUAACUCCUCUGACAUGAAGGCCUUGAACCGGUUCUUAGGCACGGGCAGGUUGCUUCAAACCAGACGCGAUGAUUAUCUCAGAUCACUGGGAAUUUUGGCAACGGAUCCGUUGAGUACAGACCUUGCGAAUGAAAUAGAUGAUCUUAUGUCGACUUAUACCAAGGUCAAAGCAGACUGCGUAUACUUCAGAGACCACACAUGGCGUACUAUUGUCGACAUGGCGGCGCAGAUCAGAAUAUACGCCACCAUGGCAGGUGGAACUGAGGAAACCUCGUAUACGGUUCUUAUGCUGAAAUGGAUCGGCGACUAUCACAACGAGAAUAACAAAGCCAAACCUGAUCCAGCAAAGUUGAAGGAGCUAAGAGAAGGUAUCCAAUAUGUGAUUGACGAGGAGCUCAGGAUAAUCAAACAAUUGCAGACUGGUGCACAAGAAGCAUUAAACGGGCUGGGAAGUUUCCACAGCUUGUGUGAGCAACACGAAUCUCGCAUCAGAAUUAAUGCGACAUCUCUUGACGCUCAAUUGACGAGGGAGGGAAAUGAUAUUGUGAGUAUGCAGAAGAGAAUUCUGGAUGCCCAGGCGGAACUAGAUGAUUUACAGAGCAGAAUUGAUGGAAAAAAUCAGGUGCUCACCGACGCACCCAAGUACAUGUGGGUUUGGCCGAUCGGAACUGCAAUCGGAACAGGGCUUGUUAUCGCCGCAAAGAAAGAAAUCGCACUUAUGAAAGAGGCCAUGGAGAAGAUACAGGCUCUGAUGAAUGAGUAUGAAGCUAAACAGAAAACUGCCUCUCGCUUGCAACUUAACAUCAUGUUUGUCAAUGGCCAAGUCAACAACCUCACCCAGGAAAUUGCACCAGCAAUGCGGACGCUCGAAUUGCUUCAAGGAGCUUGGAAAUCCAUGGUCACGGAUCUCGAGACUAUCAAACAAUUAAUCGAUAAUGAUACUGAGAAAAUUCCUCCAAUGAUACUUGCGCGACCACAGUUGCAAAAGAUUGUCGAUGAGUGGAAUGAAUUGAGGGAUUUUGCGAGCAAUUAUAUCCAGAACUCCUAUCUUAGCGAAUCUCCCGAGACAGUGAGUGUUCAGCAGUAUAUUCAUCAGUUGAGCACUCGUGUUAUGGUUACGAGAAGGUGUUGA